AAAUUUGGCCCGUAUUAACAACAGUAAAUCACUAUAUCACAAGCUCACUUCAUCUCAUCCAUCUAACAAUAAGAACAACUCAUCCAGCUGACGUCAUGUUUGAAGUGCCUGAUGCUAAACGUGUCCGACGGGAGGAAUUGUACGAUUCUGCCUCAGAUGAGGAGGUGGUACAAGAUGAGCAGUUAGACUCGACAUUGCGGGGCAAAUUGAAUGCACAGCUUUCCGAUUUAUUGGACAUCAGUUUUGGGGCAGACGAACAUGUUGGGAAAAAGCAACCCUCGGAAUCUCUCAUAGAAGAUGCGGAUCGAGGCCCCGAUGAUGUUGACGAUACCGCGAAGUCUGAAGAGGAGGCCUUUACGUUUCGAUUAUUUAGAGGGGAGGAGCCAUCUCAUAAAGUGAUACUCAAACCUCAAGGUUCCGAUGCUGAAAAGGACGGCGAGGGUGGGUUUUUGGUUCCCAGACGACCCAACUCGUACUACAUUGCAGAUGAGCCACCACCCGAAACUGCCCGGGAAUUUAGAAUGGCUGCUGUGAGUGCAGACUACAUCCUACAAGACGCUAAAAAAAGACGAUGGGGGCUUGAAAAGCCUUGGAAAGUGACAAUUAUUAAUAUCACUACCAACAAGAAAUCGGGUGCCCUAAGUGGUUCUGUCACUUCGGAUGCAACAAUCGGGGCUGGGAAGUCGAAGAAGAAAAGGCCUGGGAAGAAGCGCAGAAUUAUUCUUCGUGUUCGAGAAAAAACGAGAAAGGAAAAAGAAGAAGCUUCAAAGCAUCAAAUAAUUGAGAAGGAACAACAUCUUAAAGAGAAGAAGCAACGGAUGAACCGGCAGAAAAAACUACGGAAGAGAGCUAAGCAAAGAGAAGAGAAGAAAAAGAGCGGUAACGAUGAUGCAAAUUCUGAACAUAGCAGGGAUAGCAGCCCGGCCGAGGAAUAGGUCUGGGGUCUGGGCAUAGAGACGAAAUCAAUCUACAAUCAAAUAAUUCCAUUCAUAGCUUCGAUAUGAUGUUAGGUCCUUCGAAAUAUUAACC